GGUGUCUCUGUCUCCGCGUCCCCGUCCCCACGGUGAUACUGUGGUGUCUGCACUUCUGCCCCGUCCACAGAUUAACCUCGCCUUUGUCGGGGGGCACAAAGAGAAGCCCCUCCCCCGCUGCUGAGCCCGGGCUUUCCAGUGGCCCUUUGCCAGGGGAGGCUUUAAAAGGGUGGGGGCGCGACGUCCAUCUCACUCUCACGGCAGGACAUCCCAAGGGAAUCAAAGCAAAGACAAGAUGACUCACCACUGCACCAAGUUCUCCGGCCACUGGAAGAUCAUUGUCUUCGACGAGGAGUGCUUCCAGGGCCGCCGCCAUGAGUUCACCUCCGAGUGCUGCAACGUGAUGGAGUUCGGCUUCGAGACCGUGCGCUCCCUGAGGGUGGAGAGUGGAGCCUGGGUGGGCUACGAGCACGCGUCCUACCAGGGACAGCAGUUUGUCCUGGAGAGGGGAGAGUACCCCCAGUGUGACGCCUUCGGAGGCAGCAACGCCUACCACAUCGAGAGGAUGACCUCCUUCAGACCCAUCGCCUGUGCCAACCACAGAGAGUGCCGCAUGACCAUCUACGAGCGUGAGAACUUCCUGGGCCGUAAGGGCGAGCUCAGCGACGACUACCCCUCCCUCCAGGCCAUGGGCUGGUGCAACAACGAGGUCGGCUCUCUCAGGAUCCAGGCCGGAGCAUUUGUGUGCUACCAGUACCCCGGCUACCGUGGAUACCAGUACAUCAUGGAGUGUGAUCGUCACUGUGGGGACUUCAAACACUUCAGGGAGUUUGGCUCCCACUGCCAGACCCCUCAGAUCCAGUCCAUCCGCCGUAUUCAGCAGUAACAACUCCCACUCCCAACCCCCCCCCCCCCCCCCCCCACCUCCCCUCUCUCUCUCUCUCUCUCUCCCAUGUAACCCUUCCCCUCUCUCCCUCUCCCCCCUACAGUGCUGAAUAAAAUGUCUUUCCUAAA